AUGGCCGCCGGCGGCCGGAAGCAGAUCGAUGUGCUUAAGUCGGCAGUCGGCAAGCUUGCUGGGCGCUUUGAGGCGGAGAACUCAACCCCAUUUUUCGAGGCAGCUGCUUCGCUGGCGAGGGAUGGGCUGCCCAUUAGCUGUCCCCCCAGCCCCUUCACCCGGGUGUGCUCCCGGUGCCUUCUGCGUGUUGCGGGCCACAUGGGCAUGGAGGACUACACCCUGACUGCGCCGUCACAGGGUGAAAUCAUCUUCGCGCUAUCCCCUCACGAUGCGGCCAAUGCCGCCGUCGCUGCUGCUGCUGCUGCUGCUGCUGGAAGUAGUGAUGUUGAUGGUGGGGAAGGAGGUCCUUUUCCCCCAGAGGAGGCGACGACGGCGGCGGGGCUCCCGCUCUGCCCUACUUGCUUCGGACUGCUGCCGGCGCUCCUAGAUAAGCAGAGACCAGCACUGCCGACCCAUGGGACGGCUGCGGAUGGAAACCAACGUACCGCCGUGUCGGCCAGCGGAGAUGCAGCGGCCGCGAACGCGACGGCGGCGGCGGCGACAGCGGCGGCGGCGACGGCGGCGGGUACGGCGGGUACGGCCACCGGGGGCGUGGACCUGGCUUGGCUCCGAGUCCAAAAGGCCGUCUCUGACGCCACCGGCUGCCGCGCGGGUCCGGCAGCCAAUCAUGAGCGACUGCAGGACUGGCCCUCCAUCGCGGAUAUUGCGGAUGCCGUCCGACGACAGGCGGAGGUCGGCCCGCCGGACAGCAUCGCGCUGGCGGCAGCGACCGCAGCGGCAGUACCAGCCGCUCCGCCGCCGCCGCCGUCAGCCGCUGACAGCGGCGACGUCGCCAUGGCGGAGGCGGCAUCGGCCGCCAAGCCAACGACUGCAUCGGCGACGUCGGAGGUGGUCGUUGGUCCACCAUUGCAGCUGAAAUCUUUUAGCUUGGAAAUAAACACCGUGCCGGCGGCAACUGCCGUACGCGACGUCUCCCUGCACGCCUGGCUGAUAUCUUUCUGUGAGUCCCGCGGUGUCCGCUGUCCCGCCUGGCGGCCCACGGAUAUCGUGUCGCUGCCGACAGUGCUCAGGCGGGUAGUGCCCCUGUGUUUGUCCCGGCAGCUAGGUGUCCCCGCCGCCGGUCACCAGUCCGCCGCCGUGUGCGUGUCGGUGGCGAUACUGGACGGGGGGGAGGGGCUGCAGGAGCUCAGGGUUCUCGCCGAGCAGCAAGGCGGAGGCGGUCGCCGUCAACAGCAACACCACUUCCAGCACUACCGCCAGAACAAGCGACAGCGGGGGCCGCAGGGCAGGCAGCAGCAGCAGCAGCUGGGGCCAGAGCAGGAUGCCGCGGAGGGCGAAGGCGAGGGGGGCCUGCAGGGCAAGGCAUUUGACGAGCGCAACCAGCUCAUGUCGUUCGAGCAGGCCUCCACUGCCGCAUGCAGCACCCCCCGCCAUGUGCUGGCGAGGCUCUUUCCCUGGCCGCCGCUGCCGGCGGACAAACGCAGGGAGCUGCAGCAGCAGCAACAGAAGCAGCAGCCGCACUACCAGCAACAGCAGAGGUACCGCCACGGCCGACCGGUACACUCGCCCAGGGCGGCGGCGGCGGCGGCGGCCCCAGCUGACAACAAGGCCACGGAGCCGGCGGCGGCGGCGGCGGCUCCUCCUCGGGUCUUUGUACGGGCGGUGCAUGCGCCCAUACUUUUGGCGGGCAGCGCCACGACACCCCCCGACAGCACCCAGACGUCGCAGUACCACAAGCAGCGGCGGUACUGCAAGCUCCGGCGGCACAUGCCGCAGUGCCCGUGGUUUGUCCUGUCAACGGGGGCACGUAUCGCUGGUGUCAGCGUGCAGGAGGUUAUUGAGCAGUUCGUACUGCCGGUGUACGGCACGUGUACGGCAAAGAUGAUUACUGGCGGGCGUGAAGACGCGGACGUACGAAUGCUGGGUCCUGGCCGGCCCUUCGUCCUCGAACUGCAGGUGAGUCCGAAGGAGCUGCCAUCCUUUGUCGCCCCUCGCCAACGUGUAUGUGGGGGGGUUGGCCGCCCUUAUCCGGCCCCUCUGCGGGGCCAUCCGCCCGUAUCGGAGCUUCGGCGGCUGGAGGCGCGGAUGAGGGACAGCAAGUGCGGUGUUACUGUCCAGGGCCUUACGCCGUGUGGGCCCGCCGCCCUGGAGUCCAUCAAGGCGGCUGAGGAGCUGAAGGAGAAGAGCUAUCGGGCCCUAUGUUGGGCUGAGAGGGCGCCCUCCCUGGAGGACCUGGAGGCCCUCAAGGCGCUGGGGAGGGUGGAGGCGGCCCAGGACACCCCCGUACGCGUGCUGCACAGGCGGGCGGCCAAGGUUCGGCCCAAGUGGUUCCAAGUGGAGCUAGCCAUUCCCGUAUCUGGGCGGCCGAACUAUUUUGUGCUGGAGUUCAGGACGCAGGUGAUCGACAAGACCGGUCAGCCGGCAUCGCCGUCGGGGGCGUCAACAUCCCCGCUGUCGGCAUCACCGUCGAUUUCGCCGUCAGCGUCACCGCCGCCGCCGGUUGACGGCGCCGCCGACGGCACUGCCAAGCGCAAGUUCAACCCCAAGCCGCGACCACGUCCGCCCAACAAACCCGACUCUAAGCCCGAGCUGAAGUCCAGCCCCAAGCCCAACACCACCUCCGGCCCCGCCCCGGUGCCAGUCCUGACUGCCGACAUGCUGGACAGCGGCUCCUUCGUCCGCGUGGAGAUUGUUCAGCUCGAUGUGAUUGAUGUGCACCUGGACAAGUGGCCUUAG